AUGGAGGACCGCAAGGUGCAACGCUGGAUCCUCGCAGCUCGCAUCACUCAGAUCACGCUUGCGUUAAUCGUCAUGGGUUUCGCCAUCGGCUUCUCCCCCGCCGUGGACUACUACUACGGAGGCAAUCUCCAAGUAUGCAUAGCCUUCCUCGCCGCCGACAUUGCUCUCUUUGGCUUUCUCGCUCUUUUCGCCCCUCAUCGAAGCCCUGACGACAUCCGUGAUGUCCGAAUAUACCUGCUCAUCCUGGUGAUUGACUUCUUCGCACUUCUCAUGUCCUUUGCUGCUGGAGUUUGCUUUGCCUUUGCCGUAGGCUCAAACGACGGCAACGGCAACAUCCUCGAGAUCAUCCCCACCGUCUUCUCCUUCGUCCUCCUCCCCGUUAUUGCCCCCCUCAUCUACCGAACCCUUUCAUUAUGGUGGAAAAGGAUGCUCAACACCACCCCUCCUCCCCCGAGUCCUUCCAUCUACGGCAAGCAGAUGGACUUCAACACUUCGGCCUUGGAGGCUCUGCCACCAUCGCAAAUCUACGCACCAUCCCAUCAUUACGCGCCAUCACAUCAAUACGCGCCAUCCCAGCCCGAUGCCAAAUCCACCACCGCCACCACCCCUUCCUGGCACGCCGAUGAAAUUCGAAGCCACGUCUCCCACCCGCUUUCCACCGCCGAGACGACUGCACAGUGGAGUGCGAUAUCGGGCACGGCAACGACCAUGACCUACCCCAACAUCCUGGGCCCCGCCUCUCAGCGCGCCCCGUCUCAUAUUGGAAAGAUUAUGGAGUGA